AUGGUAGAAGGUACUGGGGGAAACUUGGGGAAUGAGAUAGUAGACAAGAAGGGAAAAUUGUCAGUUUCAAGUAUUGAUUUUGUGGGACUUGGCUUUGCGGUUAAGAAGGAGGAUAGAGGACUGCCAGCUGGUGGCACGGAAGCCAGAGCAGACUCAAGGAGACAACUCAGAUCUUUACAAGCCAAAAGUUUCUUCAAAAACGGUGUGACAGUUAAUGUCACAGUUAGUGUUCCAUUAGCGAUAUUUGAAGAAGUGCCAUAUGCAAUCAAUCCUAAGAAUGAAAUAGAUGGGUCGCAUUUCGCAGCUAUAGGUUCUUUUCAAAUGCCUUCAGAUGCUAGAAGUGAAGAACAUAGCAUCACACUAGUAGGGUUCUUGGAAUUCCCUAGAGACCUUGGGCAUCACACUUGGCUGCAUUGCAUCAUAGAAUCCUAA